AUGACUUCGCCAGGGCCAAAGCCGAGAGCGGAGCAUAUACUGUCGUGGAUUUUGUAUUCAUGCGAUGUGAUCAUUCUAAAACAUGGAAUUACAGUCAAAAUACAUCCGGACAUUCCAGGGUACUACGAACUAGACAACUUUGGCCUUGAGUUCCAAGAGUCUCCGCCCAAUAAGUCGGGCCCGAAGACGGUAGAGAUUAAAAGUGAGAAGACGGGAGAGGUGAUAAAAGUACCGAAGAAGGAGGGUAUUCAGCCGCCGACACUACUAUCUUGUGAUAACUCUGGAAAAGCAACUGGAGUAGCUACCUCUGAGAUUCAGUAUAUCGGUACUUUUAACUGGCCAAAGCCGCUCAACAAUCCCUUCCGCUGCAACUACAAGCUAGAUAUAAGCGCACAUGAACCAGGCUCAUUCCUCAAACUCUCCUUCAUCGAUUUCAAGACAGACUGUUCAGAACGCAGCCGCAUGAAAGUCUUUGAAUCAGGAGUAGAGCGGAUAUUCCGAAUCUGCGGGAAAAUGCCAAUUGAAGAUUAUGUCGCGAAAACUGGCAGUGCUGAGAUUCAUUUGGACAUUGGCCAGGACGCACAAGUUCUCAUAAGUUUCCAGCUUAUCCCAGGUCUUCCGCCUAAGCCGAUCCCGGUUGCUUUACAGACAACACGAGAACCACCAGCUCUAAUCAAGAACUUGCUUCAAAAUUAUUAUGCCCCAACUCAAUCUACCGUUCCCGAGCCAAGAACAAAAUACCACCCAGCUCCUCCUGUAAUCAUAAAAUCAGUGCGCGAUGAGAGUUAUCAGCCUGACACUACCAUCGUCGGAAAAAGAAAACUCUUGCUCACAAUGAUUUUUUGUGCCCUUGGAGUUAUCUCCCUCUGCGGGGCAAUUUAUCUCGUGAGAAAGUAUACCAUGGAGGCCGAGGCAGAGGAUAACUCCACCGCAAAUUUACAAGAGCUUCAUCAAAACAUGGCAUACCAAGCUGAAAUGCGUCGCCUAGAAGAUACGAGGUUAAAAUACGAGGGUCAAGUUUCGACGAAACUCCAGGCGCGUUACUAA